AUGGGGAUUGCUGGCUUUUACUUGUGGCUGCAGCGUUGGUAUGGCGACUGCGUGGAGAACGUUCCGGAGGCGGUGGUGAAGGCAGCACAGAGCGGGCAGCCACUUCCUGAGAGUAGCGACGCGACGCGACGCUUUGACAACUUUUACCUGGACAUGAAUGGGCUCAUUCAUCCGUGCUGUCAUGACACGGCACCGCUGCCGGAGCCCGAGAGUGAGGAGGAGAUGCUUGGGCGCAUCUUUGUGCAGUUGGACCUUUUGUACAAAAUAGUUCGGCCGCGGAAGUGUCUCGUGUUAUGUAUUGACGGUGUUGCACCGCAGAGUAAGAUGAAUCAGCAGCGCAGUCGCCGCUUUCGCGCCGCAGAGGAGCGCAUUGAGAGCGACGUGCUUUCUUUACAGUGUGCGGAGCAAGUUCUCAAAAAAGGUCUUCCCCCUCCGCAAACACGGAAUCGUUGGGAUCACAACGUCAUUACACCCUCAACGCCCUUUAUGGAGCGCGUUGGGCUGGCCAUUGAAUGGUUUAUUAUGAAAAAAUUGAACGAGGAUCCAGCAUGGCGCCACAUCGCCGUUAUCUUUUCCGAUGCUCACGUCCCGGGUGAGGGGGAGCACAAAAUCAUGCAUUACAUUCGAGGCCUUAGAGCUCAGCCUGGCUACAAUCCGCUGACUUCUCACGUCAUUCAUGGAAUGGAUGCGGACCUUAUCUGUCUUGGCCUCUCUACGCAUGAAGAGCAUGUGACUAUUCUGCGAAACCAACUCACUGAAACGUUUCAGCCGGAUCACAACCGCUUCUGCUACUUUAGUCUUUACAAGUAUCGCCUGCGCCUAAAAGAGGACUUUAGCGGAGUUAAUAACAUGGAUUUUGAGAGAGUUUUGGACGACUUUAUUUUUCUCUGUUUUUUUGUGGGGAAUGACUUCCUUCCUCAUGUGCCUCUCAUCUCAAUCAAAACAAAAGGUAUUGAACUUCUGCUGGACCACUACGUGCGCAGCUUCACGGAGCACUCAUACCUAACUGACAGAGGUGAGGUAAAUUACGAUAGUUUAUCAAAAUUUAUGCGUCGCUUCGUGGAAAACUACAUGGAGAAGCUUAAGCAGGAGUAUGGUGGGGUGGUGCGGGCAAAGUUGCGGGCGAAGGCAAAGGUUGAGGAGCGUGUCAAGGAAUUUGAACAGAAGCUGGAAGAGCAGCUGGAUUCCCUUGAGAAGGAUGGUAGCAACGCCCAGGAGGUAAGUAAUGCUGCGCAUCAGCUCCUGCUCUCUACUUUAAAAGAACGUGCACGUCUUGUCGCCGACAAGGAACCGCUGGGAUUUUCUUACGUGGACGAUAAUCAUCGCGAUAAGUACUACAAAAAAAAGUUUUGCUGGGAUCCUGAAGACCGGGUUACGUUUGAGGAAAACGUUCAGCGCUGUUGUGCGGAGUACUUGCGUGGGACUCAGUGGGUGAUGCGGUACUACACCACAGGCUGCCCUUCGUGGGAUUGGUACUACCCGUUUCACUACGCCCCCCUUCUGCAGGACUUGGCCCAGUUUACGGGUAAGGUUGAUGUGAAAAUGAUAUUGGGAACACCGAGGCACCCGGUACUGCAGCUAUUGGCAGUUUUGCCUCGGCUUAGUUUAGAGGCUCUGCCACAAGAGCUACACGACGCGGUCAAAGACCCCAGUUCCGUUCUUGGAGUUUUUUACCCGGAGAGGGUUGACGUGGACUUUAGCGAGGCUCACUUCUCCUACCAGGGAGUACUGCGGCUUCCCUUUAUUGAUAACCAUCAACUGCACGCUGCCUGUCAGCAACUUGUCCAGUUGGAGCCGGAUUGCGGCUUGACGCUUCUUUUCUGUCAUGAGUCAAGUUCACUGCGUCGUGCGCUGGAGCGUCUGCUUGUGGGCAAGGACAGAAAAAAAAGUAUGAAUUCUAUCCCCAAAGCAUUGGCCACAAAAGUGCCCAUUGCGGGGCAUGUUGGGCCCUACGACAUGGAGUGGCCACGCCACGCCAAGGUGCACUGCCCAGAUGAAGGCAUCGCGAAGGAAACUUCUUACGGAACCCCCAUUACGAGCAAUGCGGCGUGUUGUUAUCGUUACGAGCUAGACACGCAGGCCCUCUACAGACCUGUAUUAUUAGCUAAACGACGAAAGAUGAUGAAACGUGCAGCUGUCUCGGUCUCCGCUGCACAAAACGCAACGAAAAGGUUAGCGGGGGAUAAAUCUUUUCCGGCUGCUGCCACUAUGAGUGACUCUGACAAAAAGUCACCUCGAGGGACGAAACGGGGGCGCGAUGUGCCGCACGAACAGCAGAAAGAGGAGGUCGAGGUGGUGGCAAAAAAAGAGGUGGAAGAAGUCGCACCACCGGCCAAAAAGCGUCGUGGCGAAGACAAGGCGGUGAAGCCGAAGGCUGAUGUUAAGUUGUCAGCGAAAGCCGUGAAGCAGACGAAGAAACCUCAGAAAAAGGUGAGGCGCCGGCAACAUUAA